AUGAGAGAAACUUACAAAUACACAUCCCUCAAAAUACAGGGUCCGCCACGCUUGCUCAUAAAAUGUUUUUUCAUAAUUGGCGGACUCGCUGUUUUCGGAGUGCUUUUAAUUUUCACAUAUGAUAAUAUCAAGAGACAAAGAUACGAAUCACCAUUCUACAGUAAAGAUUACGCUUGCCAUGAUACAAUUACUUGUCGAAAUAAAUACAACUCCUCGUCCAUCGAGGAAACUAAUGACAAUAGCAAUCAAACAAUAUCCAAUGUCGCCUUUUUCACUUCCUUGUAUUCCGACGAGUAUCUAAAAGGCACAAUGUUACUGGGAUACACGAUAAAAAAACACCACCCGAAUCAUGAAAUGUAUUUAAUCUAUUUUAAAGAGAAAGUGUCAGAAAGCACACUUUGUCAAGUUCGAGCAAUGGGUUGGAAAACGAAAGCUAUAGAACGGAUUCCCCCGCCAUGGGAAGGAGCCCCAGCGAUAUUUAUUGAUCAAUUCUCAAAACUUCAGAUAUGGUCUUUCGUCGAAUUUAAAGACGGUAUUAUUUACCUUGAUUCGGAUACCAUUGUGGUGAAAAGGGUUGAUCAACUAUUUGAAUUGAUCAAACCAUCGACUGGAUUUGAAUUUGCCGCCGCUCCGGAUGUAUUGUGGGGAAAAGAUUCAAAUAAUUUUAAUGCCGGUUUUAUGCUUCUUAAACCUGACAAGUAUGUCUAUGCCGAGAUGAUGCGAACGCAUAAGAUUAAGGGUAGUUACGAUAUUGGAUUUGCCGAACAAUCUUUUUUGAAUGAAUUUUUUCGAUACAGAUAUCUAAGACUUCCUGAAACAUUUAACAUCAAUCUUUCGAUAAUGGAUUUAAAUCCACAUCUAUGGAAAAUGCUGUUGCCUGAUAUGCAUGUGGUGCAUUAUACGGAGCAAAAGCCUUUUAAGAAUCCUAAUCCUGGAAUAUACGUCGAACCAUACAAACUUUGGAACAGUUUAUAUGAGGAAAUGGAUAAAACAAUGAAUCUAUCAGGAAUCGAAUCAAUAUGCGAAAAAACUGAACAAUGA